AUGGGGUCCCUCUCGCUCUCCCUGCUUCUGCUCGUGGCGGCCGCCGCCGUCUCCCUCCUGCUGGCCAGUUGCGCCGCCGCCGCCGGCGUGAGCUACAACACGAGCGAUGCCGCCGGCAUGCAGAUGCAGUGGGGCAACGCCAGGGCCACCUGGUACGGCCAGCCCAACGGUGCCGGGCCCUACGACAACGGCGGCGCUUGCGGGUUCAAGAACGUGAACCAGUACCCGUUCAUGGCCAUGACCUCGUGCGGCAACCAGCCGCUGUACCGCGGCGGCAAGGGCUGCGGCUCCUGCUACAAGAUCAGGUGCUCCACCUCCAAGCACGCCGCCUGCUCCGGCCGCACCGAAACCGUGGUGAUCACGGACAUGAACUACACCCCGGGCGUGGCGCCCUACCACUUCGACCUCAGCGGCACCGCCUUCGGCAAGCUGGCCAAGCCCGGCCGCAACGACGAGCUCCGCCGCGCCGGCAUCAUCGACAUCCAGUUCGCCAGGGUGCCCUGCGAGUUCCCGGGGCUCAAGGUCGGCUUCCACGUCGAGGAGGGCUCCAGCCAGGUCUACUUCGCCGUGCUGGUGGAGUACGAGAACGGCGACGGCGACGUGGUGCAGGUGGACCUCAUGGAGAAGGGCAGCCGGCGGUGGACGCCCAUGCGCGAGUCCUGGGGAUCCAUCUGGCGCCUCGACUCCAACCACCGCCUGCAGCCGCCCUUCUCCAUCCGCACCCGCAGCGACUCCGGCAAGACGCUGGUGGCACGCGACGUCAUCCCAGCCAACUGGAGGCCAAACACAUUCUACAGAUCAAUCGUCCAGUACUCGUGA